UUUUGGCCAUAAAAACGCAAAAUCGUCGAGCAACUCGAAAGUGUCAAGCGAAAUCCAAGCCCAAAUUUCCGAGAGCAGUUUUGCGUUUUGGGUUCAAUUUUUUUUUCCUGUCGAUCGCGUUGAAACCCGCCUCAAAAUACGCGUAAAAUCAGUGCUAAACGGGACAAAAAACAGAAAAAGACAAAGUGCAACGAGGACUCGUUUUUGCUGGUUUUCAUUUUUCGCUGCGACGGUUGAUGAUCAGGUUUUGUGUCGACGCUGCGAAACGGCGGAACGCGUGGAAAACAUGUGGAUAAGAAAAUAACGGGAUUCUGCAAGUGGAUUGAGGAUUAUUUUGUGUCCGUACGAAACAAGCGCAAGAACAAAUCAUCUAAAUUUUAUAUUGGCGCGAGAACUAUUAACCCUUGAUAAGAAGACGGAAGGUUGGGGAGCGAGAAAAUCGAGCAAUUUUUGUGCGACACGACGAACGCGUUUGUGUGCGUGCAAUCGCGUCACUGCUCGAGUUGGCGCUUGGAAAUUGUAUCGAGCGCUUGGGAAAUCGUCAAAGCAGCCACCGAAGCAUUCCGUUAGCCCUCCCGCCAAGCCUCCAAGCGGAAACUCUUGAUAAACAAAGUGCGUCACUCGCUCGCAAAAAUAUUUCACACUAUUCCCUUCCAGAAGGUGAGUACAAAUGGGUACACCCGCGAAUCGGACGCUGACGAAGGGCCGCAUCUUCAGCAGGGAGUUAGCCCAAGCGACGCGGUCCGAGAUGCCACGGCUAAAAAAGGCUUCCGAUAGUGUGAGCCCCGCGCCGAAAUCGGCUCCGGAGUCGACUCUCACGACCGGGCGAGCGCGUCGGACGAUAAAACCGAACCCAAAGUACGUGAACGAUGAGAUGGUAGCGGCUCAGGUGAAGGAAUCGUUCGAUGAAAGUGGAAUGAGCGACGAAGAGUUCGAUCAAUUUGUCGAGGAAGAAGAGGAGCAACCCUCGCCGCCAUCGACACCGCGAUCGGAAGGGCCCAAGCGCCGUGGGAGACCACCGAAAUCGAAGAAUCUGAUUACUGCACCCCGUACGGAACCGACCAAGAAUUUGCGCAGGGAUUUGAUGAAACGCAUGGAUGUUCGGACACUCGGCAUGAACCAAACACGCCAACACGCCUCACCGCAACUGCGAGACACGGCCCGCCGACUGGACAUGACGGAUUCGAUCGAUACAGAUUCAGCCGAUCAAGAUGAUUUGGGAAUGGAAGGCCUGGCCGGGGACAACCGCCGUGGUUCGUACGAGAGCACCGGUCGGAAAGUGCUCAAUCCGACCGGUGGCAGCAUAAAGAUGCUACGCAGCAACGCCGAUGGUACGACCGAGGAUGACGAAGUGGAGGACGACGAAGAUCUGCUGAACGAGAACGAGCAGCGACAGACAGCGUCCCAGGGGAAGCGUCCGGUCGGUCGACCACGCAAGAACCCGCUCCUCAAGAAGCAAGUAUCACCCUUUGCGGCCAAAGUGUUGCUGCCGGGUGCGAAGCAAACGCUGGGAGGUGGUGUGACCGUGAUUAAACGGAAAGCGCCUCCGCCGACCGAUUCCGAGGACGAUGGAAAGCAGGUUUCCAAAAUGCUGCGUCGUUCGUACCCGAAGAGUACGAUGGUAACGAAAGAGGUGGACACAGAUACCGAUGACGAUGGCGAAAGGGAAGACGAUGAUAGCCAGCGACGUGCAGUGCAGCGAACCCGCACCUUUCCGGCCUCGGUGCGUCGCGCCGGACCCAAUGCGCAACAGGGACGGGAUUCGGGUGCAGGCAAGUCGGAAUCGAAGGAAAACUCUCCAUCACAGAUGAUCACGAUCGUGAAUGUGAACGAUAUUAUGAAGAUGAAAUCAAAGAACUCGGUCGAUCUGCGUCAACGGAAGGUCGAGGAGGACGAAGACUCGGAGGACGACCGGUCCGAGCUGGAGGAAACCGGUGGCGAUCAGCAGAACGAGGGCAAAACGAACAACAAACUGGUGGCAAGCAUUCUGGAACGUAAACGUACGAUUCCACUGUCAAUGGAAAUGACACCCGGACGAACACCGAGGGAGCGGCACAAUGCGAUGAUGAAGAAGCGCGCCGAGGACAACAGGCAAAACCAAAGCAAAGGCGGUUCCAGCGAGGUCGAUGUGGAGGAGGUGCUGCAGAAAAACAUUGUCACUGCCGGGGGCGCUAACAAGACGGUUGUGCGGAUGCAGUCAGCACCGACACCGAGUGGUCGGCCACGCGGUCGUCCACCAAACUCGGCCAAAGCCAAGGAAAACCUUGCCAACGAUGGUGGGGCAGUGGUGGAUGUUGAUGCCGAUGGCACUGGCUACAAAACGAACAACAAUCUGUACAAACCCGGUAACAAUGGUCGGUAUGGGGUGACCAGCGGUGUUGGAACCCCGCUGAAACGAAACAAUCAGCCACCACGCAUACUGAAUGCGACGAUGAAGCUGGGUCAGGAUCGACCACAGUCGAAGCUCUCCGCCACCACCACUAACAACCACUAUUCGAUCGAUCUCACCGAUCCGGACAACAAUGUGCUGCUAGUUUCGUCGAACGAGAAUUCGCCCAUAAAGCGCACUGCUACUGCCGGCAGCACUGUUGGCAGCACCCCGUCCGUUACCGGUAAGGUCAUUCUGGGACGCUCACCGGGAACGCCUGGUACAGCUGGAACAAUCACUAGUACCUCAUCAGCUGCAUCAGCCGUACGUCUAUCGCAACGGCUUCCGCAAUCCCAAUCGACGCAACAACAGCAGGCGCAGCAGAAGAUAACCGCCGCGGGGCGUUCGGUGGAUGUGAGGAAAAAGCGAAUCACGUGUUACGAAACGUGGAACGUCAUUAACUGCAAGAAUACGGGCUCGGGACCGAAGAAACCCAUUAUGAGCAUGUCGAUGAUCGCGCUAGGUAAUGUGGCGGACUCGAUCCGCCUACCGUCCGAUGUGUGGUCGCUACGAACGGUGCUGGAGAAGCGCAAGACAGCGGUAAACCCCGGCGAGGAAACAUUCUGCGGUGCCACACAGGAUAAUCAGAUCCCCGAGAGCGAGAAGCACAACUACGAGCCGACCCGGAUCAUGUUCCGUCGCAAGGCAUCGGUGCCCGGCCGUUUCAAUGUGCAGUACGACCGUACAGUUAUCUUCCGGAACGAUACGUACGUUAUCAACGUAGAGGGCCACUGCUGCCGGUUGGUGGGUGCUCCGGUAACGAUCGCGACUCCAGCCGAAAUUGAAACACUGCUGACGAUCGUCGAUUUUAUCAACAUGGACAACAGUUGCGUGGAGAUGCAAGGACGUCCGAUUGCAACAGUGGACAUAACCGGGUCGAAGCGGAUCGAAAUUGCCACUUAAUUUCCCCCCAUGAUAACACACGACACACAGCGUAGCCGCAAUGGCGCCAUGGCCGUUGGCAAGUGGGCGGCAAUUCAUUGAAUUUAAAUUGUAUAAACCCAGAAACCAUGCACCAAACUUUGUUCGUGUCUUAUUCCGAUCGCCUGUGCCCUGCUGUGUUGAGUGUUUUAGUUUUAAGUUAUAAUUUCUUCCUGCGUUCAUCUGGAUUGUUUGUAUGAAGAACAACAUAACGGAUGGAUCUUUAGUAAGCCUAGAAGAAGGGAAUUCAACGGGGGCGUAAGGUAGCAGUGAUAGGUCCAAUUUCAAAAAAGUUCUUCAACCCGUCACAGAAGCGCACUAUAGACUAAUUUUUUGUUUGCACGAGACUUGGAUAUCGAUUGGGGAAUAGACCGUUGAUGAUAAUGGACCGACACAUUGUGGAAACAUGCGCGCCGUAGGUACAAAGGAUUCGUGUACGUCGGUCCGUUCGCUCGUUUAGUUCGUUAUUCCACGGCAUCACGGACGGAUGUACAGAAAUGUGAACCGAAAUUGCAGUCGGACUCACCAACUCUCCCAAAAAUUAUAUUAACAUUUUUGGGCUACAUACAAUAGAUGAUUUGUGUUUAAGGCACACUUUAUUGCUACUGCAUUCUUUGAAAAUUGAAAUAAUUUUAAUAAAAUGCUACAGACAACAACUGACCAGUGUACGGGGC